AGUCAAUUUUCAAAAGGAUUCAUACUCACAAUUAAAAUACGAUCCGAAAAAGAAAAAAUCCAAAUGGGUGAAAAAUCUACAGAAAUUCCUCAAAUUCAAAUAAACACCUUUAUUUUGAAACAUUUUCCGGGUGCAUAUUUAAAGGAAAAGUAUCAAGGAAUUUUAACAUAUUAUUUACCACAAACCAGCGAAUUGAAAUGGUCGUUAAUGUUUGAUCACAUGGAAACAAUCAAAGAAAUACUGGGAAUCGAGGAUUACUCCAUAUGUCAAACCACACUCGAACAAGUAUUCUUAUCGUUUACGAAACCGUAUUGUGACGAACAAUGUCGAUACGAUUACAAGACGAAUGCAUUAAGACUAAAUGUAAGCAACGUGUAAACAUAUCAGCGAUUUCAGAACUGUUAUGAUUAGUGGAAUGAAGUAUCAAGUUACAGUCGACGAUGUGAGUUAAUGUAUACGAUAAAAAAUAUCACACUCACAACACCGAUAAUCGAUGGGGCAUUUGAACGAAGCGGUACUUUUUUAAUCAUAACAAUUUAGGCUGACUUUUGUUUGGGCGAGAUCGAUUAAUUCUGAAUCUUAAAUUAAAAUUAAUCCAUCCAAUCAUUUACUUUAUAUUCUAGUCUAAAUUACAAUUGGAAUGAAUUUUUUUCACUCAUAUAAGUG